CUCAAAUAGGAUUAGAGCUAAGGUGAUGAUGGAUCAUGACAAUAUGUUGUAUUUAAUAUUUUUUUACACAUUUAAACCUCAAAUGGCUCGAUCAAUUAAUGUUUCUAGAUGGUAUGACUUUGAGAUUUGCUUGUGUGAAAUUAUAUAGUUUUUUGCUUAGCUGCUUUGUUCCAGCAAGCCCAUGCUUCCCUCAACAGUCUCACAUAAAUUGAAUAACCAAGCUAGGUUGUUAUAUGGUAGCUGUAAUAAUUUGGGCUAUGUCCUGUGCAGCCACCAUUUGCUAAUGUAAAUACUUAAAUAACAAUAAAGUAAUUAAAGAAAUAUAGCUAAUCUAGGUUGGGUUGACCCCAUAUAAACAGACCAAAAGUAGGCGGCUGUCUGUCGUAGUGAAAGCCAUCUUCCAAAAGUUUUUAUUUAUAAAGCUCAAUGUCCCAUAAUAGCAAAAAUGUUAUUAUAAAACAAGAAAAUGGAACUAAUUAUGUGCAGAUUUAUUAAAUAGAUGAGUUAUUUUUAUUGAGGUAAACUGCUACUAGGCUAUAAAAUUAAUGGGCAAUGGUCUACAAAUAGGUCUAACAUUUAUUAAAUAAAUAUAUUGUGCUCCUUAUUCAUUGUUGACAAAAAUUGCCUAUUCACAUUGCAAGGCCAAAAUUAUGUACAUAAUUUCAGUAAUAAAUAAAAUAAACAACUUUACCAAUGACAAGUUCUCGUCUUUAUGGAUAUAGUGACAGUCUUUGCAUUUUCACAUCAUGAAGAGCCAAAAAACCCAAAAGUUGAUGCAACAAAGAAUAAUAGAUUAAUUCCUAAGUAUUUACAAACAUGUAGCAGUACCUUUUGCAUUUAUAUUGUGGAAAAAUAUCUAUAUUUUUGUUUUAUUUCUGUAUAUUUUUCUCAGAGGAAUGAUAACAAACUGCGUAAUACCGCGUGCAACCCCCUGCUAAGAGACUUGGACUAGUACAAUAACUGUAUAAUACAAAACAUAAUCCGAAGAUAAGCAUCUUGAAACCCAAAAUAUGAGUCAAACAAAGCGAGUGAGUAAUAUUUCGAUUUUAUUACAAAAUCAUCAUCAGACUAACUAAAGUUACAAUAUACACAUGGUCUUAUAUACAAGUUGGCAAGGCAUGAUGACAGCUUAACGGAAGUCUCAAUCAGAACCACGACAGUUGCAGUGAGAUGUAAGUGUGAUGAAAUGUGGGUGUAUAGAUUACAAAAAAAGCUAGAGUUCUUUGCUGGCUUUGAGUCCAGUGUUUAAACUGGGUGAAUGAUACUUGAUAUACAGAGCUUCAAGCAACAAGAGUAAGUUAGGUGUGCGAGAAUAAAUAGUGUGAAGAAUUCGAGAGUUGUCAGAUAUUAAGUUGGAAAUAAAAGUGGAAACGUUAUUGUCAGCAUCAGUUGGGUUGUUAAGUUUGUCAAAAACAAAGUGUAGGUUUACAAUGUAUUGCACAUGUUCGCAGUUGUGAAAAUGCUGUCCAAUAGCACUUUUGGUCGGAUUGGUAUGUUCAGCGAGUCGCGUCUGUAAACGUCUUUCUGUUUUCCCAAUAUACGUUGCGGAACAGCCAGGACAUGUCACCUCAUAAACUACAUUAGAUUUCGAAAGAUUCGGAAUUUUGUCUUUGUUGGAAAGGAAAUAAGAAAACUUUUUGUUGUCAUAAACAACUAUAAAAUUUACAGGAACAGUUAGGCAUCUUUGUAUUUUCUUUAUGCAACUUUUAACUAAAGUUUCACCUUGUUUACCAAG